CGCGUUGACGCUCUUAAACAGUUUCGAGUCGCCGCGUUUCCUGCGCGUGCAGAAAGUUUCACACUGUUCGUGCGCGCGGAGCGGAGAUCAAUUAACCAGAAAAACAACCUGGUCAAUAAUCAAUAAUCUGACCAGCAUGAAAUACAGUAUCAGAUCAGCACGCGCACAGGACUGCAGGGACAUAGAGCGCAUGAUCAUGGAGUUGGCUGUAUAUGAGAAGAUGCCUGACCAGGUGAAGAUCAGUCAUAAAGAGCUGGAGCGGGACGGUUUCGGUCCAAACCCGUUCUAUCAGUGUCUGGUGGCGGAGGUUCCUCAGGAGCGCAGCUCAGCAGAAGGUCACACGGUGGUGGGCUACGCUCUCUACUACUACACCUACAGCACGUGGAGGGGGAGGUGCAUCUACAUGGAGGAUCUGUACAUCAUGCCUCAGUUCAGAGGUGAAGGUAUAGGGAAGGCCCUGAUGGCGUCAGUAGCUAAGGUGUGUAGAGAACAGCAGUGUGCUCGUCUGCAGUUCUCGGUUCUAGACUGGAAUAAGCCCUCUCUGGAGUUCUAUCUCUCCAAAGGAGCUCAGGAUCUGACGGAUAAGGAGGGCUGGCAUUUCCUGCGCUUUGAUGGAGAAGCUUUAGAGAAGCUCGCUCAGGAGGCCCCAUAAACACAAACAUGGGCAGUUAGCAUCACUACAGGCUAGCUCAUCUGCUGCCAUGCUAGCACUGUUGAGGCUCCUCCUCUGAGAUCCACUCUUUUAAAAAGUAUUUUAAAUUUUGUAGAUGAACAGCUGGAGUGUGAAUGUUUCCUUGCGGAUGAAAAUGGGAUGAAUCGUGUUUGUGUUUUGCUGUUAGAUCACUGUGUGAGUCCUGUAGCUGCAGUGUUUCUGUAGCGCAGUGGUCUCUUUAGCGCGGUGGUCUCUAAGCUGCUCCUGUGGUUCUUCCUCCUCUAACACCUCACUGACUCUCAGUCAGGGGGCAUUAAUGAGCUGAUCAGAUGAUCAGGUGAGCUGAGCAGCAGGACCAGCUUCAGGAGACACUGCUGUAGUUCAUUUCCGUAAAGGGUAAACGAUGCGAUUUGACACAUUUUGUGAGAAAUACAGUCAUCAUGUUGUUAUAUUAGUUAAUGUAAAGCGUGUGGCCGUUUUGUCUAUAUUUGUGUUCAUCUGUUAAAAUGAUUACACUAAUUAAAGUUAUUAAACUGAC